UUCUUCUCUGUCAAAAGAAAGCGACUCAGCAUGCCUGAACCCGCCAAGUCCGCUCCGGCCCCGAAGAAGGGCUCCAAAAAGGCAGUGACCAAGGCGCAGAAGAAGGACGGCAAGAAGCGCAAGCGCAGCCGCAAGGAGAGCUACUCGGUGUACGUGUACAAGGUGCUGAAGCAGGUGCACCCCGACACCGGCAUCUCGUCCAAGGCCAUGGGCAUCAUGAACUCGUUCGUCAACGACAUCUUCGAGCGCAUCGCGGGCGAGGCGUCCCGCCUGGCGCACUACAACAAGCGCUCGACCAUCACGUCCAGGGAGAUCCAGACAGCCGUGCGCCUGCUGCUGCCCGGGGAGCUGGCCAAGCACGCCGUGUCCGAGGGCACCAAGGCCGUCACCAAGUACACCAGCUCCAAGUGAGCUUGACAAGCACCGUGACCUAGAGGCUUCCUUCUGGAAGUUAGGUGAGAAAGACUGGCUUGCCUGCACCACACCUGUAAGUGGAAAUCCCGAAUGCGUCCAAGAAGAGCCAACCGUCCUCCAGACACUCCCAGCCAGCCUUCCCAACCCCACUGUCCCAUCUCCCUCUGUUCUCUCAAGAAGAGCAAAAUGAGCACAAAGAAACAAUGAGAGUUUGUUUUCAGUUGCCAAAUUACAGCUGCCCCUCAACUUUUUCUGACCAUCUUGAUUUCAGUGUGAGAUGAUACUAAAAGUCCUCUGUCCCUGGAGAAUCGAUGUUUCAUUCCACAGGGAGAGUCGUGUAAGAAAGCAUACUGGAUCCUAUCUGAUUCCCUCUGCCUUUCAGGGAUCCCCCUACUGCAUGAAACCGGAAAUCCAGCUCUGUAGCCUACCCCUUACGGAAAACUCAAACCAAACCUCAGAGAAUUCUCUUCCUCCUGUUUCUCUGAUGUUUCAGGUUUGGUUUUUUGUUUUCUUUUUGUAUUCAUCCCUUGCUUUUCCCCACGUUUUGGAAUUCCCUGAGACCUCUCAUACCUCCAGGCCUUGCAAAUGUCUCUUCCUGAAAUGCCCCUGAUUGCAACUUUGUCCCCAACACACACACACACACACACACACACACACACACCCCACAGUUGUUUUUUAGUCAACUCACUUUUCAGUCAAAACGUUACUGGGGAAGCUGAUCUGCACCGUUAAAGACUGUCAAAGUCACGAAGAACUGGCCCUAUUCCAGACCCAAACCAGUCAUUAUUAAGAGCCUGGGACCAUCAGGACUACUAUGGGUGAAUCAAGACCUGAUCCCUGAGAAUAGGGAGAAACUCUGCCUACCCUGGGGCACAAGGCAACGGAGGCAGGAGAGACCAGAACAAAACUGAGGCUGUGUUAGGAUGAAGGAGGGGAAAUGUCAAAGGCCUGUUGGGCUGGCAGAUUAGGGCUACUUAAGAUGGCGAAAGUUCCAGCCACAAGACCUGAGCUUGGACAGGAGAACAAAGGCCCAAGCAGGAAUCUGAGACCCCCGCCCCGGGCUCCAGUAGACCAAUGGGAUCCCAAGGAGCAGGCGAGAUAUCCGAGUAAGGGAAACUUGCCAAAAGACCCCUGAGCUCUCCUCGAGACCCCUUAAAAGCCCCCUCCUCCCUGCCUUGGGUGCGACUCUGCUUUCCAGAGUCUCAGAACCUCGCCCGAGGGUGCCCACCUCCUCCCGGCCCAACUUUCCUGGCUCGCCUUCUCCUGAGACCUGAAACUUCGCUGGAGAGUGUUUUUAAUAAAUCUUGCCUUGCGCCCAC